GCGUCUAUUUCCUCACGCCUGCAUGCUCUCAUCUUUUCCCCUGAGACAGGGAGCCUCUGCUCUAGACCCUUUAUUGACCUCCUCUUCUAUAAGUCUCAGGAUAACCCCGUAAGGCAGGUGUCAGAGCCCCGUCUGAGGGAUGAAGAUACUGGGGCUCCAGGUCAGGUGAGCAGACCCAGUCGGAGGACAUCCGUUCAGUUCUCUGUGGGCACAUACAAGCCGUUUGGGGCACCUGAGGUGACAGAGGUAUCCCCUCCCUGCCCCUUGGGCCUCCGCUUGGAAAGGAGCCAUCGGGCAAAGGUGAGAAGUUCAGCCCCGCCCCUACCCCUCUCUCCCCGCCUUCUUGUGUAGCCUUCAGACAAAAUGUUACACUGUUCCACUGCCUGCACCCUCAUUGGCUGGCCACCGCGCGUCCCCAUUGGCUGUGAGCCCAGAGACACACUGCGAUUGGUCCCUGCACCUGUGCCGAGUUGCUGGGUCUGUCUGGCCCGGGUGGAGACACGGUCACCACUCUGGUUGGCACGCGAGGCCGGUGACCGCUGCCACCGCUGUCAAGCCUUCUGGCGGCCCGCGUGUUCCGGGAGUGGGGACGUCGUGUGCCUGGGUGCCCAUCUGCCUCCGAGGGUGAGAGUCGACUCAACGCUGUGGAGGGUAGGGGCUGACCUUCUCACCUCGCCAGCCGGCUGGCUCCUCCAUAAAGGUGCACUUGUCCUUGUGGGUGUUUAUGUACAUGCAAUUGAUUCGAGACCCUGGAUCCAAACAGGUGAACAUUUAGGUCUGGGUCCAGACUUUAAUAGGAGCGGCCAAACAAAGCCUGGUACGUUGCAGCUUCUCAUGGAGACCUCUGGAGAAGACAAUAACCCCAGCGGCAGAGCAAUGCCCUGGUCCCUGGCACAGCUGCAGAAGGUCGAGCCGCGGGUGGCCCGCAGACGCCUGUCCCAGGCCCGCCACCGAGCCACCCUGGCAGGGCUCUUCAACAGCCUCAGGAAGACCGUUUACUCCCACUCUGAUCUCACAGCCUCAAAGUGGCAGGUUUUGAAUAAGGCGAAGAAUCGUAUUCAGGAGCUGGAACAAACCUUGGAUACUCUGCUGAAGCUGAAAGACUCCUUCAACCUGGAGGAUGGGAAUGUAAACAGCUUAGAGGAGGUCAAGGAAGAAUAUGCCAGCAUGCACUCUAGAAAUCCCAGUCUGAUAUUAAAUACAGUUCAUCAGAAAGGUUCCGACAGCUGGCGCCCAAUCGAGGCAGUCGGGAAGGAGGUUGAGGAGGAAGAAGAGGAGGAGGACGAUGACGAGGAAGAGGAGGACGACGAGGCAGAGGAGGAGAAGGCAGAGGAGAAAAACGCGGAGCUCUUCAACUCCUCGGUCACCUUGCUGCCAGACCUCUUGGAAUUUGAACGGUACCUCAACUUUUACAAGCAGACGAUGGACCUUCUGACCGAGAACGGGAUCGUCUCCUCGCAGGAGGUGACCCUCCCCAUCAUGUCUGCGGCCAUCUCCCAUCUGUGGCAGACCCUCUCCGAGGAGAGGAAGGCCAGCCUCCAGCACGCCUGGGCGCAGAAGCACAGCGGCCUCCUGGGCUUCGCGGGGGCCUGUCAGGAGCCGGCCUGUGCCGAGGGCAGCGUGAAGGACAGCGGAGUGGAAAGCCAGGGGGCCAGCUGCUCGCUCUUCUCCACCCCUGAGGAGAUCCUUUUUGAAGAUGCCUUCGAUGUGGCAACUUUCCUGGACAAAAGUGAGGUUCCAAGUACAUCUAGCUCCAGUUCCGUGCUGGCUGUCUGCAACCCACAAAAUCCCGAGGACAAGUUUCAGCUCUACCUGCAGAUCGUCAAUUUUUUUAAAGGCCUUUGCUGUGUUGACACUCAGUUCAAACAGGAACCAGACCUUUCCUUCGACGAUGAGACGGUAAUGUUGAGGUGCACGGAGACGUUUGACGAUGAAGAUCUGUGAUGCAGUGGGAGCAGGAGGGGUGAAGGAGGGCGGGCAGUCUCCAAGUUUGAAUGCUCACAGCCCAGGUUGC